GCGGACGCAGGCCGCCGGGUGGGGUCCGGGAUGGAGCUGGGCUGAGUUCAUUGUGCCGUGCGGGGUACGGGCCGAGGGCCGGGGAGGGUCCCCGCGCUCCCACCGCCCCGCCGCCCCGCCCCCACGGCGCUCCUUUUCCUCUCUCCCCGAGCCCCUCUAGCAGCCCAGGGGCAGUGGCCCCGGCUGCAGUGCGCGUCGCUUUGGAGAGCUGGAGGUCUUUGUGGGGAGACUUCGGGGGCGCGCCCCUCCCCUGCGCCCAGCUGCUUCUUUCUCGGAAGCCCACUCCAUUCUGCUGGUUGCAACCUGCUUCGUCUCAGGCGCCGCCCAAAGCCCACACCCCACUGCCCCGGGAACGGAGAGCAGCGGUGCGUACCUGGGACGUGGCCGAUGGGGGCCGCGACCCCUUCCCCCGGGGGCCCAGGACUCCACGACCCGCUUUGGGGGAGGAUGUGCGGCGGAGCGGCCGGCCUCCGGGACUGCGAUCCCUGAGCUGCAGUUGUGCAGCAUGUUCUGCCUACCCCACGCCACGGUGCGCUGACCAUGAGCCUCAACUCCUCGCUUGGCCACAGAAAGGAGCUGAGUAACCUCACCAAGCAGGAAGCUGGUGAAGGGGGCGUCAUCAUCACAGAGUUCAUCGCCAUCAUCAUCAUCACUGUCUUCGUCUGCCUGGGCAACCUGGUCAUCGUGGUCACCUUGUACAAGAAGUCCUACCUCCUCACCCUCAGCAACAAGUUCGUCUUCAGCCUGACCCUGUCCAACCUGCUGCUGUCCGUGCUGGUGCUGCCUUUCGUGGUGACCAGCUCCGUCCGCAGGGAAUGGAUCUUUGGUGUGGUCUGGUGCAACUUCUCCGCCCUCCUCUACCUGCUCAUCAGCUCGGCCAGCAUGCUCACCCUCGGGGUCAUUGCCAUCGAUCGCUACUAUGCCGUCCUGUACCCGAUGGUGUACCCCAUGAAGAUCACAGGGAACCGGGCCGUCAUGGCGCUCGUCUACAUCUGGCUUCACUCCCUCAUCGGCUGCCUGCCACCGCUGUUUGGCUGGUCAUCCGUGGAGUUUGAUGACUUCAAGUGGAUGUGUGUGGCUGCGUGGCACAGGGAGCCUGGCUAUACCGCCUUCUGGCAGAUCUGGUGCGCCCUGUUCCCCUUCAUGAUCAUGCUCGUGUGCUACGGCUUCAUCUUCCGCGUGGCCAGGGUCAAGGCACGCAAGGUGCACUGUGGCGCGGUGGUCAUUGUGGAAGAAGACGCCCAGAGGACUGGAAGGAAAAACUCCAGCACGUCCACCUCUUCUUCUGGCAGCAGGAGGAACGCUUUUCAGGGCGUGGUCUACUCAGCCAACCAGUGCAAAGCCCUCAUCACCAUCCUGGUGGUCAUCGGGGCCUUCAUGGUCACCUGGGGCCCCUACAUGGUUGUCAUCACCUCUGAGGCUCUCUGGGGCAAGAACUGUGUCUCCCCGACCCUGGAGACCUGGGCCACGUGGCUGUCCUUCACCAGUGCCAUUUGCCACCCCCUCAUCUACGGACUGUGGAACAAGACAGUGCGCAAAGAACUGCUGGGCAUGUGCUUUGGGGACCGGUAUUACCGGGAGCCGUUUGUGCAGCGGCAGAGGACUUCAAGGCUCUUCAGCAUCUCCAACAGGAUCACAGACCUGGGCCUGUCUCCACACCUCACGGCACUCAUGGCUGGAGGCCAGCCCCUGGGGCACAGCAGCAGCACUGGCGACACUGGCUUCAGCUGCUCCCAGGACUCAGGAACGGAUGUGAUGCUGCUUGAAGACUACCCAUCGGAUGACAACCCCCCGUCCCACUGCACUUGCCCACCCAAGAGGAGGAGCUCGGUGACAUUUGAGGAUGAAGUGGAACAAAUCAAAGAGGCUGCCAAGAACUCGAUUCUCCACGUGAAAGCCGAAGUGCACAAAUCCUUGGACAGUUAUGCAGCCAGCUUGGCCAAAGCCAUCGAGGCUGAGGCCAAACUCAACUUGUUUGGGGAAGAGGCCUUGCCAGGGGUCCUGUUCGCAGCACGGACCGUCCCGGGGCCUGGCUCUGGGGGCCGCCGGGGCAGCAGAACUCUUGCCAGUCACAGGCUGCAGCUGCAGAGCAUCGAAGAAGGCAACAUCCUAGCUGCAGAACAGAAAUGAAGGCCACGGGGUGGAGCAGGGCUGCAGCUGGGCUUGCUGGCCCCUUGGAGGAAGUCCCCUGCCCGCCUGUGUCAGGGGCCUGGGAGCACAGUGAGCCAGAUGCAAGCAGAGGACAACAUCCUGUGUGGUGGGCUGGAAAUGUUGUCUCCAGGCCG